UUUUGAAUCUUUCUAUUUAUUUAAUUUUUCAGAUCGCUUCAGCCUUCUCUUCACUCGCCAUGGCGGCCGCCGAAGCUACCGAUCCUUCUUCCUACCCCGAGCUGAUAAUGGCGGCGAUCAAGUCGCUGGUCGAGGAGGGCAACAUGGACACGAGCGAAUCUGCGAUCUCCGAUCGCAUCGAGUCGCAGCACCUGGGCAUGCUCCCGGAGUCGCACGCCUCGCUGCUCGCCGAGCACCUCGCCUGCUUGACGGAUAGCGGCGAGUUGUUUCUCGUCGACAUGAUCAACUACGUGCGGUCAGAGGCGGCGCCCAAGAGGGGCCGUGGCCGUCCGCCGAAGCCCCGCGGUCGGCCGCCCAAGCCGAAGGAUCCCGUAGCCGUGGCUGCUUCGGAAGAUUCCAGUGCUAUUCCACGUCCGAGGGGCCGCCCGGCGAAGAAGAAGGCGGCGGCUGCCGGGGCCCCUGCUGUGGUGGGUGGAGGUGUGGCGAAGCGAGGUAGAGGUAGGCCUCCGAAGGCGAAGCCAGGGACGGCCGAUGACGCCUAAUCCGGUGAGUUUAACUUCUGAUGUUGUUUCCGAUGUGGCCUAGCGUUUUCUAAAUUAGCUGUUAGGUUUUGUUGGGUACGCUUAACGGUUGGUGAUCGGAGUCAGUGGUGUGCAUGUAACUAAUUAACUAUGCAACUACUGAAUAUUAAUGUUAAUGCUUUUUUGCUUGUUUGUUUGUC